AUGACCUCCAACCCCUACCAAUGUAAGGACUGUGGUGAUGAAUUCCGCAGAGUGAAUGCUCUUAUCCAGCAUCAAAACAAUUCCAGUUGGUGUCCAGGUGCAAUUGAUAGACAUAAUGGCAGGAGGCAGCAGAGGCAGCAGCUCAAUCAGAACCCCAUCAACCCCUCGGAAUAUGUUUGCCAACAAGUUUACAAUCCCCCAGUACUGCCCUCAGAAAUCGAGUUCCAAUCUGAUGAGCCAAAAUCUUCACUGCAGGAAGCUCCCCAUACUAGGGAGAAGAGAAAGUGGUCCUCCUCCCUGGCUGCAGCAGCUUGCAGGAGUUCCAAACGAAGGCGCAGUGUUCGUUCCCCUGUUCCUGUUCCAGAACCCCCCCCACCAAUAGCAGCUAGAGAUGUGGAUGAUGUCAACUUUGAUCCAGAACUUACUGACUUUGCUGGAGAAAUGGAGAGGCUCAAGCUUGGACAACCAUUCCCACCAAACCUUCUCAUUGAAUGCAACUCAACUUGCCCACCUUUGGAAAACAGCAGCCUUGCAGUGCAUGCACCCUUGCCCCUGCCGAAUGCAUCCAAUAGGAAAGACUAUCCUAGGACCACCACUACCACCAUUAUGGGUUGCAAAUUAAACUCGGAAAUCGGUAAGGUGUACAACUUUCCAAUGGAAGAACAGCAAAGGCAAUUUUCAAACCAAUUCCUUCCUGCAGACAAAGUCUUAGCCAAAAUCCAUUUCGAAUGCUACCAAGCUGGAUCUCCCCUCUACCUUCCAGACAGGAUUAUUGGGAUUCUUCAAGAAGCAAAUUGGACAUAUGCUGGGUUCCAUCUUGGAAGUCCUUACAUUACAAAGAGGGAAUCACUUCUCAAACGCAUAGAGAAAACUGUUGGAGCAUCCCCCCCCACUGUUCUUGAUGUGAAUCUUGAAUCUGGUCUGAGGACAAGGAUCCAUAGAUUUGAUUUUCAGGCACGGCUUCAGGAUCAUCUUAUGAGCAAUGUUUUUGCUGAUUAUGGUAACCUCAGCAUCAGGACACCUCAAGACAAGGAUGUGUCCCCAUUUAUCAAUACCAUGGAUGGGGCCCUGGAGGAACCACCCACCAUCCCUGACUUUGUCUCUGGCGAAUGGUACAAGAAGGCCCUGGAAAUGUACAAGCUUGACUUGGAUAGUGGUGAUUAUCUUCUUCAUCCACUUGUGGCAUACAUGGACAAGACUGGCAUUGACAGGAUAGAGAAGAAUGGACUUGAACCAUUUGCAGUUACCUCUGCUAAUCUCAGCCAGGGCUCCAGAGAAAUCGCAGAGAACUGGAUCUUGCUUGGAUAUGUCCCAAGUCUAAAAUGGCUCAAGCACCAACACUCUCCAACCACCACCACAAACAAGCGUAGCCUGGCAUUGAGAGACUACCACCACUGUCUUUCUCUUCUUCUAGAACCUCUGAAGACUCUCCAAACCCAUAGACCCCAAAUGUUAUUCAGACGUGGUGCCUUUUGUGGUUCCUUCCGCAUCAUACCCCCACUAGCAUCAAUGAUUGGUGACAAUCUGAGCAAUGAUAUGCUAGCCCAAAGGGUUGCAGAUCAAUCUGAAACAUCCCCUAGAAUGUCUCGCAGAUGUCUCUGCCCUGCUGUAGAAGCGGAUAAGCCACUACACAAAUGCAUUCCUCUCAUUGCACAAUUUGUGGACAAACUCUCUCAGGGGUCUCUUGGCCCAUCCUAUGGUCGUCAAUACUAUUCCUUUGUUGCCCAGGCAUCUCAAUUUCAAAAUGUUAUCCCAGAGUCCCCUAAUUUUGAAGGCUGGCGAAAAUAUGUUGAUAGCCAUGCAGCAAAGAAGGAUAGAACCCUUCUUGUCUGGACCAAACAAUGCUACUAUUUGAGGGGCGGUAUCUGA